CGUUAGUACAGUACGGUACCGGCAGUCAGACACAAAGGAGACCUCGGACCCCACUCCACUGGAUCACGAGUCACGACUCAGCGCUUGCAAGUUGUAAACUAAGAAAAGUUUUAUUUAUGUAAUUUGAUUCCUACAAGUACCCAAUAGUUAACAGAUGCAGAUUCAGAUGCAGAGCACGAUCCCCACCACACCAACCAGUUCGUGUUACAGAUUUAUUAGAUUUAGAGAGAUCAAUCAAAGAAAUGGCGAGGAAGAAAAUCAGAGAGUAUGAUUCCAAGAGACUUCUCAAGGAGCACUUGAAGCGACUUGCUGGGAUCCAGCUGGGGAUAUGCUCUGCUCAGGUAACGGAAUCGACAGAUUUCACUGAGUUGACAAACCAAGAACCGUGGCUUUCCUCUACAAAAUUGGUUGUGAAGCCCGAUAUGUUGUUUGGGAAGCGUGGGAAGAGUGGUCUGGUUGCUCUGAAUUUGGAUCUGGCUCAAGUUGCAACCUUUGUGAAAGAGCGCCUUGGUGUUGAGGUUGAGAUGGGUGGGUGCAAGGCACCAAUAACGACUUUCAUUGUUGAGCCAUUUGUUCCCCAUGACCAAGAGUAUUACCUUUCUAUUGUCUCUGAGAGGCUUGGAUCAACCAUUAGCUUCUCCGAGUGUGGGGGUAUUGAAAUUGAAGAAAACUGGGACAAGGUUAAGACUAUAUUUCUGCCUACUGAGAAGCCUAUGACAUCAGAGGCAUGUGCUCCACUGAUUGCUACACUUCCCUUGGAGGUUCGAGGGAAAAUAGGAGACUUCAUAAAGGGUGUAUUUGCUGUCUUUCAAGAUCUUGACUUCAGUUUUAUAGAGAUGAAUCCCUUUACAUUAGUAAAUGGAGAGCCAUACCCAUUGGAUAUGAGGGGAGAAUUGGAUGACACUGCUGCCUUCAAGAACUUUCAGAAGUGGGGCAACAUUCAGUUCCCACUGCCUUUUGGCAGAGUCUUGAGCCCUACAGAAAGCUUUAUCCAUGCAUUAGAUGAAAAGACAAGUGCAUCCUUGAAAUUCACUGUUCUGAACCCCAAGGGACGCAUCUGGACGAUGGUUGCAGGUGGUGGUGCUAGUGUUAUAUAUGCUGAUACUGUUGGAGAUUUAGGUUAUGCAUCAGAGCUUGGGAACUAUGCAGAAUACAGCGGAGCUCCAAAUGAGGAGGAGGUUCUGCAGUAUGCCAGAGUAGUUAUUGAUUGUGCUACUGCAGAACCUGAUGGUCGUAAGAGAGCACUUCUCAUUGGAGGUGGUAUAGCUAACUUCACUGAUGUAGCUGCCACUUUUAAUGGCAUUAUUCGGGCCCUUCGGGAGAAGGAACCCAAGCUGAAGGCAGCAAGAAUGCACAUUUAUGUUAGAAGAGGUGGCCCAAACUAUCAGAUUGGUUUAGCAAAAAUGCGUACCCUGGGUGAGGAGCUGGGGGUUCCCCUUGAGGUUUAUGGGCCUGAGGCUACAAUGACCGGAAUAUGCAAGCAAGCAAUUGAUUGCAUUAUGUCAGAGGCAUAAAAUCCUUUUUGAAUUUUUGUGUCAUAGUCCUAGAUUUUUUGGUCCUUGUCCAAGAAAUAUUUUAGCUCGUGGUGUUACCUCUUAAGGAGGUGGCUCGAUUGGAUUGCUGUAAAAUCUGAAACAUUAUUUCUUGGUUAUGAAAUCAUUUACUACAAUAGGACUGUGCUAUAGUUAUACUGUUUUCACUUUUCAUUAGCUACUAUAGCUUCCAAUUAUGUUUUGCUCUUCUAGUUAAGACUUCUUUCAUUCUCAUUCAUGUGGCAAUCAAAGAAUUUGUUGUGAACUGAACUGUUGGAUGGGCUGCAUGAACCCAGGAUGUACUGCUGCUUUCCUUUUUAGUUGAAUUGAGAGAAAUACCAUCGUUGGAUA